UCUUUAGCGGACACGAACAUGACGUGCACAGAGAACUGGACGUCCUGCAAUGGAUUCUCUCUCCUGUUGCUCGCUCUGUUGGCCAUCGCGUUCAACCUGACCCCACUCGUUGCAGAUUAUGUAGAAGAUGGGAGACUCUUCCAUAGCCCAAUCUCAUGUUAUGAGUGGUGGCUUCCAGGAGUGGUCGGCGGAGGGUUACUUGUUUUACCAGCUGUGUCAAUGAGUUUAGCAGCAAGGAAGAAAGGUAGCUGCAAUUCCAGAGCAGGGAUGCUGUCCUCCGCUCUGCUGAGUGUUGUCGCUAUUAUCGGAGGGGCUUAUUGCACUGUGAUCGCCAUCUUCGCUAUUAGUAAAGGACCUCUGAUUUGUGAGAAGGGGAGUAAAAGCCUGGAUCAAUGUGAUUAUACACUGGGUAACCUCAGCAACUUCCAAAGCCUGAAGUUUGACCUACUGUGGUUUUUGAAUGAUACUUGCAUACCUACAUCAAAUAAUGUCAAUAUGACAGGCCUGGGGAUCAUACAGGAGAGGUUACCGGAUUUUGAACUGGACCUGGAAAUAAAUGAAGACACGCAGAAGAUCAUCCACAUCACAGUGUUCGUGGCUUUAUCCAUCAUUGGGCUUUUACAGGCUAUAGCUGCUGUGAGUCAGAUAGUGGCUGGUCUAUUUGGAUUCCUCUGUGGAACCUCCACAAAGCAUGAAGAUUAUGAUUAAUACUAAUAUUAUAUCAUCAACUAAUUCACAGAAAUAAAAUGUCAUUUUCUCAUUUAUCAGCUAAAAUGUAAAACUGUUCAAAUAUAUUAUGUAACAAAAAGGAGAAAAGAAGGCUCUUGUGUGGGCGCACUCUUAACAACUAAAGAGAAUUCAUAAGAAAAAGUUCAAAGAAUAUAUAAAAGAAUGAUUUUUAUUAACUAUUCAUUAAAACUAAGUCAGUAUCCACCACACAAAGGAAUAAUCCAGUGUGACUCA